CAGAUACGGGGGUGUUUUGACGUGCGGAUGCGGCUCGGGCAAGCUGCGGUGAAUGUGAUUGAGCUCUAUGUUUCUCGUGUGUGCACACCAUCCAAGGGGAGCACGAAUAGCAGCCAGAUACGCUGCUGUGCCAUUUUGCAAGUAGAAACACAGGCGACUGACACGAGCUGCUACAGAUGCAAGGAUACAACAAAGUGAUGUCACACCGUCUACCAGGGGGUGGCCGUCCCCUGCAGGAGUCGCGCAGCCUCUGACGCCCAUGGGGCGGAUGCCCCCGUAUCCAAGCAACUAAGUGUUUUGCCGAAGCAGAGUGCCGUGUGCAAUGGGCAGCCUGGGUGAGGGAGUGGAUCCAGGGAUGGUGAGCGAUGCUCUUCUCGAGGCCCUUUGUUCAGAAUGUGGACAGAUUCACCGCACUUGGGAAAAUCACCUUUAUAACUAUCGGUUGGAGGUGGACGAUGACUUGGUGUGCCACAUUUGCCUUCAACCAUUAGUUCAGCCCUUGGAUACACCAUGUGGCCACACCUUCUGUGCUCGCUGCCUGCGCAGCUUCCUGCAGGAACGGGACUUUUGCCCGCUGGACCGUGCGCAUUUGCAGCUGCAAGUAUGUCGGCGCUCAAGCAUUUUGGUUCAUAAGCUACUGGAUAAGUUGUCCAUCACCUGCCCACUCACGCCUAGCUGUUCCCUCAGCAUGCCUCGCUGUGACCUGGAGGCACAUCUCAAACACAGGUGUCCUGGAACACAGAGACAACGAACAAAGCUGGAACCGGCCCGGAUGGAGGCGAGUGAGGAGAAGGUUAUGACGGCCAACCCACCCAAAUCCCCCCAGACUGAGAUAAAGGAAAGCACGCCGUCUCCACCUGCCGGAUCCAACGCAUGCAACAAUGCUCCUACAUGGACAGAAGAACCUGGUGUAGACAACCCUGCUUUUGAGGAGAGCACUGAAGAAGACAGUCUUCAUGGUCUCGAAUGCGCUCCUCUACGUGUAAAGCGGCCACUUAGUAACCCCUGCAUUCAUCUUCUCCGUACCGGUAGUUCCGCCUCUUCCGGUUGGGACUUCGUUGAAACUCUCCCUUUCUCUGCAGAGGAAGGUUGUGUGAAACUUCCGUCCCUACCUGAGGGAGAAAUCACAACCAUUGAGGUUCAUCGGUCGAACCCCUACGUGGAGCUUGGUAUAAGUAUUGUUGGGGGAAAUGAGACCCCGCUAAUAAAUGUGGUAAUACAGGAAGUGUACCGUGACGGUGUUAUAGCCCGAGAUGGAAGGCUGCUGGCCGGCGACCAAAUACUUCAGGUGAACAAUGUAGAUAUAAGUAACGUGCCACAUACCUUUGCUCGCUCUACUCUGGCACGUCCUUGCGCCACUCUGCAGUUGACAGUUCUGAGGGAGCGCCGCUGUUCUGCCAGGCCGCCCGCGGCACCCGCCUCGCCUAAGGGUAGCCCUGCUAGCAUACGCAUCACGCUGAACAAGCGGGAAUCAUCGGAGCAGCUGGGAAUUAAGCUAGUCCGGCGUACGGAUGAAGCAGGCGUUUUUAUCCUGGACCUGUUGGAGGGAGGGCUAGCCGCUAAAGAUGGACGCCUUUGCAGUAACGACAGAGUGUUAUCUGUCAACGAGCAUGACCUGAGACACGGCACACCUGAGCAAGCAGCUCAGAUUAUACAGGCUAGUGGAGAAAGAGUCAAUCUGUUGAUUAGCCGCUCCAGCAAGCAGACUAUGGCGGUGCACACGGGCUCUACCCUGACCAGGGACAUCUGGUGCCACGAACACGUCCCCGCAGUCCCCUGCACCGCGACCCCCAGCCCGGUUCCGAGUCUGUCUCUUGCCAGGUCUUCCACCCAGCGAGACCUCUCCCAGUGUGUGACCUGUAAAGAGAAGCACAUCACUGUGAAGAAGGAACCCCAUGAGUCUUUGGGUAUGACUGUGGCGGGAGGGCGUGGCAGCAAGAGCGGAGAGCUGCCAAUCUUCGUGACAAGCGUCCAGCCCCACGGCUGCUUGUCACGGGAUGGACGAAUCAAACGUGGGGAUGUGCUGUUAAGUAUUAACAGUCAGGAUUUGACUUGCCUGAGCCAUAGUGAGGCAGUGGGCACUUUAAAGUCCAGCGCCGCAUCCUGUUCAGUCCAGUUGAAGGCACUAGAAGUCAACACCGUGGAGGAACCAGGCGCGGACGAAGAACUACUCCCUCCACAUGAAAAUGACUAUGAUACAAGUUGGUCGCCAUCUUGGGUCAUGUGGCUUGGACUCCCUAGCUACCUGCAUAGCAGCCAUGAAAUUGUCCUCCGCAGAAGUCAUCCUGGCAGCUGGGGGUUCAGCAUUGUCGGAGGUUAUGAAGAGAACCACAGCAACCAGGCGUUCUUCAUCAAAACCAUCGUCCUUGGAACACCUGCUUACUAUGAUGGCCGUCUAAAGUGUGGUGACAUGAUAGUGGCAGUGAACAGUCUGUCCACGGCUGGCAUGAGUCACUCCGCCCUGGUGCCCAUGUUGAAGGAGCAACGGAGCAGGGUGGCACUAACCGUUGUGUCCUGGCCAGGCAGUUUGAUAUAACCCCAAGUGGGCACCAUGCCUCAUCUCAGACAGCACUCAUACCUGUGUGUUUGACUCUCUGCCACGGAGGCACCAUAAUUUCAAGCCUGAGUCUCGAUUGAAUGCUUUUACUUGAUGCCGAUUAAUCAGGCCUUAGAAAACCUGCCACAUCCCUCUGGAGAGCAGCCUUAAAGGUUACCAUCACCACACCGAUCAGCAGUCCAUUCCACCAGAAGUUUUUUACAUGUUAUCUCUUAAAUGUGAUCUGUGUGUAUGUUUGUGUAAAAGAGAGACCGAACAAAAUUGUAUGCGUGCAAGUAUGAAUGAGCAAAGCGGUUUAAUAAAUUUU